CGUUCCCUCCUCGCCGUGUCGAUCGCGCCAUGGGUUGCGGCACCUCCAAGGAAGCCGUGCUCAGCAGCGACGGCAGCGGCAGGUGCAGCCGCAGGUUCCGCCGCAAGUCCAGCGUCGUCGCCACCGCCGCCCACCAGCCGGUCGCCGCCAAGGAAAAUGGCGACGACGUCAAGGACCACAAGCCGGCCUCGGCGAAGGAGAAGGCCUCCAAGGCGCGGGGCGGCAAGCCCGGUUUGGCAUCGCUCGUCGUCAAGGACGGCGAAGAGGUUGCCUCCACCGUGAUCGCCGCCAAGGUCGUCGGGGAGAAGAAAGAGGAGGAGAGCAAGAAGGACGGUAAGAAGGGAGCAGUCGCCGUCCCUGACGCCAAGGGGAAGGGGACGGCGGGCGAGGAGGCUGCCGGGCCGAAGCAAGACGAGGGCGUCAGGGACAAGGAGGUUGUUGCCGAUCGGGACGACGGUGGGGCAUCCACGAGCGAGAGCGUCAUCGUCGUCGAGGAGAUGAGGAAUGGCCAGCCUGUCGAGGUCUCGAUCACGCCUACCGUCGAGGCGGGAAGAGACCGUCGGCGGGGCGAGGACGAGGAAGGGUGGUCGGCCGAGGCGAUUGAAGACGAGGCGGCGUCGUCCAACGAGAAGGACAUCGAGGAGAUCAACGUCGAGGAUGACGGUAGUGUCGCCUUCGCGGAUAUCCAUACCCCCGUGGGCGUAGCCACCAUGGGGGAUGAUGACGGUAUCAUCUCGGCCGACGAGAGUGACACGUUCAUGUCUGCUCCGGUGGCCAACGAGGAUGCCGGUGCCACCUUCCUGGCUGACCCGCCGGUGGCCGGUGAUGAUGCCACUGCCGCCUUGGUUGCCGCGCCGGCUGCCAAGGAGGACGAACUUGUAUCCUUCGCGUCUGCUCCGUUGCCGGAGGAGGUUGAUGUUAUCACCAUGCCGGCUGCUCCGGUCGCGGAGGAGGUUGACGUUGCCACCUUCUCGGCCGCUCCGCUGGCCCAGGAGCAGGAAAAUGAAACUGCCGCCUUGGUGCCUGCUCCGGUCGCCGAGGAGGUUCAAGUUGCCGCCUUGCCGGCCGCUCCGGUGGCCAAGGAGCAGGAAAGUGAAACUGCUGCCUUGGUGGAUGUUCUGGUCGCCGAGGAGGUUGACGUUGCCUCCUUCCCGGCCGCUCCGGUGACCAAGGAGGAGGAAAGUGAAACCGCCGUCUUGGUGGAUGGUCCGGUCCCCGAGGAGGUUGGCAUUGCCUCCUUCGCGGCGGCUCCGGUGACCAAGGAGCAGGGAAGUGAAACUGCCGCCUUGGUGGAUGCUCCGGUCGCCAAGGAUAAACAAAGUGCAACUGCCGCCUUGAUGGAUCCCCCGGUGGCCAAGGCAGAUGGAAGUGCAGCCACCAUCGAGGCUGCGCCGGUUGUCACGCGGGAGCAGGAAGAUGAUGCCGUCACCGUGGACGCCCCUCCCCCGAUGACGGCCAACGAGGACGAAACUGCCACCAGGGCGGCUGCUCCGGCAACCAACGUGGAGGAAAGCGCCGCCUUCCCGACCACGCCGGUGCCGGAGGUGGAGGUAGCAGAGGCGGCAGAGCAGCAACCCACGGCUUCGGGGAACGACGACGAUCUGAGAAACGAGCCAGAGCUGCCGGAGCCUACCGUCGUCAAAGAGGCCGCCGCAGUAGAAGCCAAUGAUGAGACCGAGCAAACAAAGGAGGCAACGGCGACGGAGGAGGAGGUGGUCACCGUCGAGGAGGUCGAUGUCGUGCCGGAACAGGCCGAGAGCGUGUCCCGGGAGCCAGAGCAGGAGGAGAAGCAGGAGACAUCCGCGGCAACUUUGAGAGACGAUGAUGCAUUUGCAGGGGAAUCGGACGGAAAACAAGCCACUGACGUGGAGGAGGCCGCAAUUAGCACAGAGGAAAAAGGUGGUGAGGAUCGGCUGACCGUCCAGGAGGAGAAAAAGGACGGCGAAGAACAAGAACCAGCCGUCGCUCCGGUCGAGUCGUCGUCUAGCUGAAAUUGAGAUCUGCGAUCGUGCAUGCCAAGUCGGAUGUAUUGGCGCGUGUAUGAACUAUUAACGACUGAAUGUACAGUUUGCUCUCUUCCUUUUCUCGGCGAGAAAGAUCCUACCCACUGGUCCCCAAUUUGAAAAGCUUUGCUUAUCGACGCAUACGUAGACACAAAUCAUGCACACGCGGGAAUGUUUGGCUAGAUCAAAAUCCAGCAACGAUUAAGCUAGGUACCAUCACAUGCUUUUGGGUAUACGUAGUAU